GCGCACGCACGCGCUGCCUGAAGCGAAAACUGCGUCUUCCCAGGCGAACUUCUCCAAAAUCCAGCCCAGCUUUAUUUCCCGCCUCCCUCCCCCCCGCCCCGCCUCCAACUCUCACUUAACCGACGGACUCCUCCUAGUCCAACCCCUGACCCUGGAUUAGUGUACGUCAUAGUUCCUCCCGCCCCCUGCAACCUGCUUCCCUACAGGUCUGGUAACUUCGCAACAAGUCUCUGAUUGGUCAAUUGUGAGGAGCCAGGAGAGCGGAUGAGGAAAUGAGCGUUAGGGGUUGGGCAAAGCUUGGAAACCUCCAGUGGGUUCCACCCCUUCCGGAGAGAGCGCGCGAUGAGUGGUUGUUGCUCGUGUCCAAUCAACGCCCGGUUAUUGGAUUCAAAUCAAGACCCCUGGGGGGAAGGGAGCUCCUAGCAGUUACUUGUAGUUUCCGUCGCUGCUUCUGUUUCCCCGGUGUCUUCCUCGGUGCCUCUGCUUUUCGCCGGCGUAGCUCUUCGGGACUCUGCGCUGCCGUCAGCAUGGCCCACAAGCAAAUCUACUACUCGGACAAGUAUUUUGAUGAGCACUACGAGUACCGGCAUGUUAUGUUACCUAGAGAACUUUCCAAACAAGUACCAAAAACCCAUCUGAUGUCUGAAGAGGAGUGGAGGAGACUAGGUGUCCAGCAGAGUCUUGGAUGGGUUCAUUAUAUGAUUCAUGAGCCAGAACCACAUAUUCUGCUCUUUAGAAGACCUCUUCCAAAAGAACAACAAAAAUGAAGUUUAUUUGGGGUUUUUGCUUAAAUUUUUUUCAAACUAUGUAUAUGUGUAUAUAUGGUAGUAUUCAGUGAAUACUUGAAAAAAUGUACAAAUCAUUCAUCCAUACCUGUGCAUGAGCUGUAUUCUUCACAGCAACAAAGCUCAGUUAAAUGCCACUGCAAGUAGGCUGCUUUACAAAUGUUUAAGAUACAAUUUUUCUCUAGUCAAUUUUCUCUUUAAUAUAAGUGCCUAUUUGACUUCUCCUUGAAUUACAUUUGUUUAAUAAAGUUCUUAUGUUACAUGUA